CCGUGUCUCUCUCCAUCAGCAGCGGUCUGGAUGCUUGCAGGGACAGAAACAUGGCUGUGAAUCUCGGCAAGAACAGACUGGCCCUGCUGACCGCCUACCAGGACGUCAUUGACGAGACCUCGGACACCGACUGGGCCUUGUACACAUAUGAGGAUGACAGCAAUGAUCUGACAAUGGCAUCAUCAGGAGGAGGCGGUCUGGCAGAGAUCACACUGACCUUUGACAGUGCCAGGGUGAUGUACGGCUUCUGCAGCCUGAAGGAGCCCAACGCCGCUCUGCCACGAUACAUCCUCAUCAACUGGGUCGGGGAUGACGUGCCGGAUGCCAGGAAGUGUGCCUGUGCCAGCCACGUCGCCACCAUCGCAGACUUUUUACAGGGCGUGGAGGUCAUCGUCAACGCCAGCAGUCUGGAUGACAUCGAGCCAUCAGCCAUCGGGCAGCGACUGACCAAUGGGACUGUGGCAGUGGCGAGUCCUGUCCUAAGCCGCCUGAGAACCCGAGAGGAAGAACACAAAGACGUGGGCACAGUGUACGAGAAGACCAAUGCAGAGGUGGAGAUGAAGAAAAUCAAUAGAGAGGAGUUUUGGGAGCAGGCCAAGCGCGAGGAGGAGGUAAGGAAGGAGGAGGAGAAGAAGAAGGCAGCAGAGGAGCGGCAGCGCUUUGAGCAGGAGCGAAUGGAGCUGGAGAGGAAAGAGCAGGAGAGCCGAGAGCAGAGGUACCGCGAGAGGGAGAGGCAGAUCGAGGAGCACAGGAAGAAAAUGCAGGAAGAGGAAGAGGCCAAAGAAAGGUUGCGGAACCAGACCACCAUAGCAGCAGAGCCGAGCAUCGAGGACCUCAACCUAGACAAGAAGGAGUCUGAGGUGGAGGAGGCAAAGGCUAUUAUCGCUCAGCGGUCAGGAAACCCUCGAGAGUUUUUCAAGCAGAAGGAGAGAGCCAUGACCAUCUGUGUCGACACCUCGCCCGUCUCCAUCCACAGGACCGGCCGUUUGGACAGCCCGUUCUUGAGGCAGCAGCACAGUCCCAGCAGCCCCAGUCCGACACCCCCACUCCGGGGCACGUCGCCCCUUCGCACCCCGCCACAUGCACGGACGCAGCCCACCGCUGCAGCCGGGGACAAUGACGAUGAAGCAAGCACAGAGCGCAACAUGGCCGCUGUGUCGCCCAUUCCUAAAAUAGUCACCACGCCCAUCAAAGAGGACUUCUGCAGGGAGGAGGAGGAAUGCAGAGACGAGUGGGGUUCGGUGCCAAAGACGGAGCAGAAACCGCCAGUCCAGGAGUCAGCACCGGCAAAGCCUGUGCAGAGCGUCGCCCCGCAGGCCCGUGACUCCUCCGGCUUCUCUGUGUGGGACUCUGGGACAGACAGCCUGGUCGACCUGUGGGACAGCAGCUCCGGCCCGGCCCCCAAACCCUCCCAGACCUCCCAGUCCUCCAAUCUGGUGGAUCUGAUGGACGACGCCAAUGAUCCGCCCAGCACCGCCGCCACCAGUGGAAAGCCUCAGCCCCUCCUCAGCUUCGAUGAGAUGAUGGACGGGACCUUCUGCCCGAGUGCCGAUGACGACCCUACCAGUCUGGUGGACGUGACGGGCUCUGACCAGAUGACCCUCAGCUACCAGCAUGCACUGCAGCAUGCAUCUGGGGAGAUGCAGGAGCUGGAUGAUGGACAACUGCUGAUGACCAACGGGGAGACGCUGCUGAAAGAAGGGACUCAGGCGAGUGAGGGCUAUUUCAGCCAAUCACAGGAGGAAGAAUUUGGCCAAUCAGAUGAGUCCUCAGCUAAACCUGCACCGGUCUUUUAUAACAAGCCACCAGAGAUUGACAUUACGUGCUGGGACACGGACCCCGUGGUCGAGGAUGACGACGACUAACCGGCCAAUCAUACUCAACCACCGGACCAAGAGGAAGUAGGAAGUGCGCUUCGUGAAGAAACAGAUUUUUUUUCUAAAAAACAAAACACAAACAAACAAAAAAAAGUAAUAAUAAUAACAAAUCUUGCAUCAAAACUACUUCUGUAUUAUCUUUUAGAGGAAAACAAAACAGUAGCCACCGAAAAAAAAGGAGAUGGGGUUUGAGUUCUUGUUAAAGAUGGUUUGAAGGCUCAAUGGGUUUUUUUUUCUGUGUUUGUUAUUUUAUUUAUUUGUUUUUCCUUCUUUUUUUUCUUUUCUUUUUUGCUAUGCAGAUGUAAUAGGCCGGAGCGAGGGGACUUUUGUUUGUGUAAAUGGUUUAUUACACAUUAACGUAGCGCACUGCUGCAUAUUAGAGACAAUGAAGCCCAUUGUGUGGCAGGCAGCCGACACAUCUAGUCUGUAGUGCUUUAAUAACACCCUAUAAAACUAAUACAGUGGAUCAUUACAGCUGCCAUGUGUAUCUUCACUCUUUCUUUUCUUACCUCUUUUUCACCUCCUUCCUUCCUUCUGCCUUCCUUCCAAAAUAUCCAAAAGUAUUCACCUCUGCAAGUCAGUUAAUCUUGUAUUUAGCUCUCGCUUUAAUAAAAAAAGGUGAAGCAUUUAUUUAUUCUGAUGUAUCUUUCACUAACAGCUGAUGGGAUCCCGAGGAAAUCUUUUCUGAAUUGAGUCAAAUUGUGACUCAGUUUUUAAAUUUCGCUCCUUUUGUAUGAUUUGAAGACUGAAUUCAAGAUUAAAUGGCUUGUACAUCUGG